UAUUAAUGGCACACAAUAGUCGGAUGCGGUUUCCACCAAUCAGAGACCGGCAUGUGUGCGUGUUGAGCAUUUCAUCCUCAUUCGUUCCCGCCUCGUCCGUCCGUCCUUUGCUCAUGAGCUCGACCAUUCGAAACCGCUUCGCCAAUGAAGACAAGCAAGGCACGACAGAAGUGAGAAACGUCGCAUUGGGUCCGAAGGUGUAUGAGGGCGAGCGCUAUGGGAAGAUGUCCGAGCGGCUGAAGCGACACAACAUCCAAAUCAAAGGCAACGACCGGAAUCCUCGGUUUUACGGCUUUCUCGUGGGAUUCGUUCUGCUUAUCUUGAUCUUCUUGUGGGUCCAAGUGUCGGGGGUCAUGCGUUCGCGGCGUGUAGCAAAUUACUAGGAAGAAUUAAUGCUAAAUUGAUCAUGCAUAAUAUGCAUAAUGCUAAGUUAAUUCUUCAAACCCUUAAUCGAAUUCAAACUACUAUGGUACACGGCUAGCACACAAACUGCCCGUUUAUGCUUGGGGGGGAAAUUGGGACCUUGGCGUCACGUUGGAUGCUUCAGAUGUGGUUGGGGAGGAUGGAGUCGACGAGGGUCGGGCAUCGUCGCCUGUUGUGGUCGUGGGAUCUGUGUCCGAGGACACCUUUGCCUGCUUUCUUUGACGCGCCGUGCGGACACUAGCAAACGAAGUUGUGAUGCGGUCCCAGCACAAUCGAACGUAAGUUUUCGGCAGGCGGUGUAGCUCAUUCGCCAGGGCGCUCAUCAAGUUCGGCUGGUUCACAAUGUUCGCAAAAGUCAUGGGCUUGGCCACCAGCGGCUUGGAUGACUCAGCCACACCAGGUUUGUCCACGGCGGGGGCGGGUUGGGCAUACGCUGGAGGCUCUGAACGACUCGGCGUGCGACACUGCGUGAUGUCUUGCGCACGGAACUCUUCAGGCGCGGAAAUGCGCCGUGACGACCCAAGUUCACUGCGGGAUGAGCCAAGUCGUUUGCGCGAGUACCCGUCGGCCAGUUCUUCCACCGUGAAGGUAGAGGCGCUUCGUCGCAACAAGACAGGCAUUGUGGCGAGAUGGCGUGAUGAUGCUAGUCAGGUUCGUUGCGGCGAUGGAAGUGCCGCUGGGACGCACGUUGCAGAAUCGCAGAAUGAACGAGUCACACACGGGAUCUUGGUCACCCA